UCGUCUGGAUAGAUGUCUCACAAAGCAAAGAAACGGAAUAAGAACAAAGAUUAUCGCUAAAACAAAUAUAUAAACACAAAACCAAAAAGAUAAUUGAAUACACACUCGUGCUUACAUACGCAAGAUCAACAACACAGAUCUUUAGAUUUUUCACAAAAGUUUCAGACGCAAAACGGAAAAAGCUAUUCAGAUUGUCUUCGAGUCAGUCGUUUGAUUGAUAUUUUGUAUAAAAAUUAAGUUUUACCUACAUAUAUUGUGUUCUCUUCGGGGCUUUCGAAUGAAAAGUGAAAGUGUGAACCGAAGAAGUGCCUAACACAAAGCGUCGAGCAAAAGUUAUUUAUCAUAGCCAUUAACCACAAAUGUGUCUGAGUGUUCUCUAAAAAGCUAAAUCCGUCAAAAGAAGUUACCUUACUGAAUUGUGAUGGAUAAACAGACUAAAGCCUAGAAAUAAAAAUAUAUGUGUGUGCAUAUUCUAAAAUACAUAAAAUUAGUGCCUGUUAUCAGACGUUUACUAAAAAAAAACCUGCAUUGAAAAAUAGAGUUUAAAAAUCGUGGUGCAAAUUAAUUUAUAUUUGCUCUAAGAGGAGUUUACAAGUCGUACAGCGCAAUAAAUUCGGAUUUUAUAAAAACUUAAGGAUAAAAAUAAAGAGUGAUAACAACAAAUAUGAGAGCAGAGGAUAUACCACGUGUGCGCAUCGCAGUCAUUGGAAAUGCGGAUGUCGGAAAAUCAGCAUUGACAGUGCGCUAUCUGACAGGCCGAUUUAUUGGCGAAUAUCGCUCAAACACAGAUCUGCUGUAUAAUAAAACGAUCUCACUGGAUGCCGGUCUGACGGAAGUAGAAAUUGUUGAUGUAUAUGCCGGAAAUGAGGAUGAUUUUCCAGUAGAACAAGUUCUUUGGGCCGAUGCUUGUAUGGUUGUUUACAAUAUAACGGAACGCAGAAGCUUUGACUACGCCACCAAAUGUCUGGGUGAAAUUAAGGCGUUACAGAAUAGCCCAUCGGCCUAUUUGAUAGGCAACAAAGCCGAUUUGGAUCACUUGAGAGAGAUACCCGAAAAGGAAGGUGCCGCACUAGCUGCUGCACAUUCACUUGGUUUCUGUGAGGUUUCCGUGGCCGAGUAUACCCCUAUUUUGUCCAAGGCCUUUGAAAAGUUGAUCAUCGACUCACGAGCGCGCCCACAAAAACAGAUCCGCAAAUUUUCGGUGAGCAAAAUGCUGGGCACACUGAUCGGCAGCAGCGGCUAUGGCAGCAGUCGUAACCUAGCCAUCAAUCAGGGCACCGUGAUUCCCUGCCACAAGGGCGAGCUGCACAAGACACGUGUGUUGAAGCGUCGACAGGGCUUCAUGGCCACGUCCAGUUUGUGACCAGCUGCCGAAACAGAUUGGUAGAGGGUAGGAAGCAAAGAAGUAGGGAGGGCAUAUGGGUUUUAAACAAUUUUGAUAUAAAUAUUUAUAUAUGUGGUAGUAUAUAGUAUAUGUAUGUAUGUAGAAGUAGAGAAAUUGAUUUUUUUUAUUUAAAGUAUAAAUAAUAUUCUGCACAUGUCGCUCUUAUUUAUAAGUACAGAUGAGAAUGUAAGACGUUGAAAUUGUUGAAGGAUUUUGAUUGCUGAACUUUUUAGCUUUAAAACCGAUAACAAAUCAAACAGAAAAUUGAGUUUACUUGUGCAUGCACAUACAUAUACAUACAUACGUAUGUAAAUAGUUAAUUGUAAGUAAUUUUUGAUAUUUUUCUUUUUGGUUUUUUGUUUUCAUGUUAAAGUUAAAUGAAAACAACUAUUUUGGGUUGAAAUGGAAUUUCCGAUAUUAAGAACAUAAUUUAGUUGCUGGUGCUCAAAUUCAAAAAAAUUGGAAAAAUAUAUAGACACACAAUAUUUUCAUUUCAUAUAAUUCCAUAAUUUCACACAUGUACGCACAUACAGAUUAUAUUAUACAUUUUGGCGGGAGCGUGUCAUUAUUCUGUAUUACAAAAUUCUGUAAAUUGCAAAAAAAUUCUGCUUUUUUAAAAUUCUGCUUUUUCAAGUUCUGCUUUCCAAAAUUCUGCAUGUUUAAUGCGAAAAAUUCUGCUUUAUUCAAGUUUUGUGAUUUUCGUCCUACAAGAAGUAACAAAAUAAACAUUUAUUCCAUAAAUAUACAUAUGUAGUAUAUGUUUAAGCGAUAACAAUAUUUUAGUUUAGCCAAUUACAAUAUUUUUUGGAAUUCUUUUUAAAUAUGUAGUGUGACUUAAAUCAUUUCUUUUCUUAAUACUUCUUCGCAGCUGUUCGUUGUUUUUUAGAAGAGUUCUACGCAAAAAUACUGUGGAUUGCGUAGCCGGAGUUGGACUGAUGAGGGUUAUUUUUUUGAAGCGCGGCCGAAGGCCGCCCACGCGAAAAGAAGUUCUACGCAAAAAUACUGUGGAUUCUAUCGAAACUGAAGAAAAAAUGAUUAUUAUUAUUAUUUUUUAUUUAAUAUCUCGAAUAAUAAUAAAAAAUAAUAAUAAUAAUAAAUUAAAUAAUUACAUUACCUCUUUAACAUUGUUAACAUUAUAUUUUAAUACAGAAUUUUCUAAUACAGAAUUUUGAAAGCAGAAUUUUAGAAAGCAGAAUUUUAAAAAGAGGUAUUUUAAAAAGCAGAAUUUUGUUUUUAGAAUUUUGUACAUACAGAAUUUCGACACCAACCCCAUUUUGGCUACAAUCAGACAAUUUAGAAAUUCAAGUGCUUCAUUACAUAUACAGACAUACAUUUGCGUGUGAAUAUGUAUAUAUAAGUACAUAUGUAUAUACACACAAGUACAUACACAAAACGUAAAAAACAAUUUUUUCUAUCAACUUUAUACGUUCGAAAUUUCAUUUGAAAACAAAAUAAUGUUGGAUUUCAAAUACUGAAAUUAUGCGUUUUUUGUUUUUAAAAAAUGCGCCUGCAAAAUAAUCUGUGAUAUGUAUUUAGAAGAAGGAUUUUUUAUCUAAAGUAAUAUAGUUUUGUAUGCAUUAACGGAACAGAACAUUAUUAUCUUAAGCACAGUUAAUAAGGAACGAAAUUUUGCUCAAAAAAUUAUUGACAAAUAAUUCGCCCAGCGCAAAAUACUUAAUCGUGCUGUACGUACAAGCAUAAUUGAAAUAAGAAGUAGUAGGUUAAAACUAGUCGAACUAACCGAAAUUGUAAUAUUUUAUAAGUUGAAAAUGUUAUUAAUUUCCACCUGCAAUAAGAAUUGUAGCUUCGUGUAUUUUUCUUUUAUAAAUUACUCUAUGUUUAUAAAAUCUAAGUGCAAAAGAAGUUUUCGAAGUUAAACUUUUAGCCAUUGCAAAAGCGUAAAUGCUCGAAAGCUUCCCUCAGCGACUAUGACCUUCAGUGACAUUUGCUUCAAAUGCAAGUGGCAUUGAGAAAUCAUAUUCCGAACUUGUAUUACAUAGACUCGUACAAGUAAUGAAGUUGACCAUCGAAAUACAGUUGGAAAGAACGAAGAAGUGCCUAUCAGUAACUUGGCUUGCAAGCUCUAAGCCUACCUGAAAGAUUUACUGUCUGGCACUUGGAACAAUAUCAACAAUUUUCACGAUAAAUAAAUUCCCUAUAAACGUUGGGAAUGCAUUUUGUUGUUUGUAAAUUUGCUUUUGCUAUUGAAAUUUUAUUUAUUAUUUAAAGUGCAGAGUAUUGAAUUAGCUAACCAACUACGGAACAAACAAAUUUGAAUUUAAAUUUAAGCAGUCAAUAAUUGAAACCAUUUCCACUGUAUUGUAAAUAUUAAAGAAAAUAAAUGUUUAAUAAAUUU